CACGUGAUCGCAUUUUUACGUAACAAUCGGGUGUAGACCUGUAUGUUGCCAAGUCUCUACUGGCACAUAAGCUAGACACGUUGUAGGUUAUAGCUAUGGCUGAACACAUGUUUUAAAUACGUUUAUAAUAACCGGUAUACAUUGUAUGCCGAUCAUCUAUCCUACAAUGUCGGUCCAACACCCCGAAGGAGAGGACGCCGUCGAAGAAAGAAAAGGAUUCUUCAUUGAACCAGAAUACGACUGGGACGAGGAGCAGGACAAUGUAGACAAUCACACACUUAUUUUACAAAAAGCCGACGCACUGGCAUCAGAAAACCGUCUCAAAGAAGCCAUCUAUGUUUACUCGAUGGCCUUGAGAUAUAGUUCUGUAGGGCCGGAGCAGAUGAGCACUUUAGUGGAUUGUAUUCUGCGCAACUUUAAGAGAAAGCUGGGAAAGGAUGAGGCGCCUUCGGAACGAACGCCACAUAUUAUUGAUAACGCCGGGGAAGAGGACGUUUUUGACUGCCCGAAUUGUCAUAGAUUUCUAGGCGAGCCCGUGACUAUCGGCUGUGGACAUUCGUACUGUAAAAGAUGUUUACAACAUCAGCUGCUCUCCAAAUGCAAGCUGUGUAGCGAGGUAGAAGGCAGGCCGACGGAGUUUAAAACGAAUGUGAUUCUAUUCGGACUUUUGGAAAAGUGGUUUCCUGAGGAGCUGAAAAGGUCUCGAGCUAUUAGUGAAAUUGAAGACCUGUCUAGAAGGAAACAUUUCGAGGAGGCCGUAUCACUAGCGACAGAUGUGAUUGAAUCUGAUCCUGGGGAUGAGGCGGUGCGGUGGUCACGGGUCAAGGCCUACACCGGGCUCCUGCAGUACCGAUUGGCCCUGGAGGACGCUGAACUCUGUCUUGGCUCCACCCUCUCUGCAGAGGGUUUCUACUGGAAGGCCAAGGUGCUCCAGGACAUGGGCCAGGUGGACGACUCGCUGCAGGUUUUCCUCCACUGUCUGGCCCUGGACGAGGACUUCACCCUGGCCAAACGAGAGGUGGAAAAUAUACUGUGCGACCUGCUGUCUCCGGCCGGCGAGAACGUGAAGGUGGGUCUGAGGGAGACGGCGCAGAGCACAUCGCCUCACCUGCGUAGUAAGAUUUUGGUAGCGGAUGCCGAGGCCAGAGCCCAACAGCAUCAGGCCGAAGCCAAACACUCUGCCCUGCACCAAGUCCAGGCUCGCACCUCCUCGGCACAUCCCAGCACUGACGCACAGCACGAGAAGCCAGGUCGCUCAGGGAGCCUGGAGCGUUCGGGCCUCAGCCGCGCUCACUCGAUGCGAGCCCACGGGCCGGGUCUGGGCGACGUGGAUGAGGGUCUUAAACGUGUCUGCUCUGCACCCCAGCUGGGGGACCAGGAGAAAGGCAUACUACUGAAGCGGAAGCUGAUGUUCUUCGAGGGUGGACCCCACGUCGUCUACAACCACGGGAGCAAGCAUAAGAAACAAGGAGUGGCCUGUGGUGCGUCGAGCCAGGGAGCCUCAGCCCGAGCUCACAGAGUCGUACCCAGAGACCUACUGGACCCCAACGACCUGGAGUGUUCCCUCUGCAUUAGAUUGUUCUACGAGCCAGUGACCACGCCGUGCGGUCACACCUUCUGUAAAAACUGUCUGGAGCGCUGUCUGGACCACACUCCCCAGUGUCCUCUCUGCAAGGAGAGCCUCAAAGAGUAUCUGGCAGCCAGGAAGUACAAGGUUACCAGUGUGCUGGACCGAGUGAUAAAGCAAUACCUGUCUAAGGCGCAGUCGGAACGGCAGAAGACUCACCUGGAGGAGACCCAAGAGCUCGCAGACCUGAUGAAGAAGGUCCCCAUCUUUGUGUGCACCAUGGCCUACCCGACCGUGCCUUGUCCCCUGCACGUCUUUGAACCGCGGUACCGCCUCAUGAUCCGCCGCUGCAUGGAGACUGGCACGCGCCAGUUUGGGAUGUGCAUCAACGACGCUCAGAAAGGAUUUGUGGACUACGGCUGUAUGCUGAUCAUCCGGAGUGUCCACUUCCUCCCAGAUGGGCGUUCCGUGGUGGACACCAUCGGAGGGAAGAGGUUCCGGGUGCUGACCCGCGGGAUGAAGGACGGGUACUGCAUCGCCGACAUCAAGUACCUGGAGGAUACCAGGGUGAGCGACAGCGAGGAGUUGACACAGCUGCAGUAGCUGCACGACGCCGUUUACGAACAAGCGCACACCUGGUUCCAGAACCUCAAGAACCGCUUCCGCAACCAGAUCCUUCAGCACUUCGGCGCCAUGCCCGAGAGAGAGCUCGACAUCCAGGCGACUCCCAACGGUCCGGCUUGCUGCUGGUGGCUGCUGGCCGUGCUGCCCAUCGACCCUCGCUACCAGCUGUCGGUGCUUUCCAUGACCACGCUGAGCGAACGCCUGGUCAAGAUCCAGCACAUCCUCUCCUACCUGCAGAGCAUCCCCAACGAGUAGAAGAGUAGAGUUACACCCUAACACAACUACUUCUUACUCCCUGGUUUCGGGCACCAUGUACCUACAUACCACAUAAAACAACAGACACCUAGGUCUCCCUCGGUACAUCGGAUUUCGCUCUUUAUUACUGCUGAGGCAUCCACCACAAGACAUCCAUGAGACGUCAAUGAGACAUCUCCCUGAGAGGACAGAAUCACACAGCACUUCUAAGACACCAGCAAGAUCCCAGUCACAUAAGCAGCUAGCUUUAGCAGUACGACAACUACCACACACCAGCUAGCUACAUCGGCGAGAAGCCACAGACUGCUGAGAUAAUCGGACAAAUUCUAAGAACUGGUUCUCUCUCUCUCUCUCUCUCUGUUCUCUCGCUGUCUCUCUCUCUCUCUGUUCUCUCGCUGUCUCUCUCUCUGUUCUCUCGCUGUCUCUCUCUCUGUCUCUCUCUGUCUCUGUCUGUGUGAUGUUGGUGAAAACAAAAAAAGGCCUCUCUGUCUAUACUCAACAGUGGCACCAGCCACCCCUGCUACUGUCAGCUUGGUUACCAGAGAGAGAAAGAAAGAGAGAGAGAUUGGUGAAGAGAUGUCUCCGUUGUCUUGUCUACUCAAGACUACCCAAGCAGCCUCGCUGUCUCUAUUCGGCCACUGUUGAUGGUAGAAGGGAGUGUGUAUGUGUGUGUGUAUGUGUGUUUGUUUCUAUGGGUGGGCUGUGCUUCUGUGCAAAUCCCAAAUGCUGAAAUUGAGUCAGACAGAGAGAGGGGGUGGGUGGAUGAAUUGUAGAAGGUUGGUGGUAACAAAUGGAGGGAGGGGGUACCAGAAUUGUUUGUGUACUACAAAGCCCAACAAGUGGGAUGGUGCAGCCUUACAACAACGAAAACAAAAAAGUGUGAAUCUUACUCUUCUGAGCAUUAAGCCCCUCUCUGUCACUUCACUAUGUCUACUAAAUGCACAACUUCCUUCACCGCUGCCACCUGGCGGCAGUGGACCCUGGUGAAAAAGAGAGCUUCCCCCUUUUUUAUUAAUGUCUCCAAGUUUUUACUUUUUCAUCCAUUUUUUGGUUUUCUUCCAAGACUACAGAAAGAAAACCCUUUUGGCAGCCAUUUUGUCCAGUCUGUAGUAUAGCUACAGAUGUGGGACUGUGGUCUCGCAACGCUCCCAACUUCUGUUCUCUUAACAGUUUUUUUUUUCUUAGCUGAAAACAAGGCAUAACUCCCCAAAAAAAUCCAAACUUCCAAUAUACGUUACUCUGCGUUUUUGUUUUUGUUGUCGUUUCUCAGUGGAUAUGGAACCUCUUGAAUCCAGAUAGCUUAGUCUUUGAUUUUGCAUUAGGGAUGUUUCCCAUUCCGAGUUAUCGAUUCUUGAGAGAAACCUCAAAGUCAUCCAUGUGACUUGAGUGUUGUAUUUCCUGUCUCUCUUCUAAACCAAAAGUUCUAACUUCCUGUUUAAAUUCAAUGUAAACUGAAGUAAUUUUUAAGGGCAGAUAUUUAAAUAUAUAUUUUGACAGUAUGUUUGUAUGUACAAAAUCACAAAAGGGGAACUUGCAAUAUUUUGACACAGUGAAAAUGAGAAAGAAACAACACUAUACAAUUAUCUGUGUUUAGCACUGCAAAGGUUAAAGGUCACCCUGUUGUCAAGUAAAAAGCAGUCACCUGCCUUUUGUCGGAAAAAAAGUACUAAUGUAGGUGAAUAUAUCUGUGGUGGUCGAUUUCGCAGACAAAUUUUUGCCUUAUACCAUUUUAGCAUUUUGCUUUGAAUGGCACAAUGUGACGUCUUGGUUAGCAUUCCUUUUGCCGUACUAGUAAUUCUAUUUGUGUUAAUUAUUUGCCUUUUCUUCAGCUGCCUCAUGGCCCGAAUCGUUCACGGGUGUGUAUAAUGUAUGUCAAGUUGCAACUUUCUUUCGUUUAAAUCAUUUUGAUUUUGGACAGAUCAUGCUUUUUUCUCGAAUGUUUAAGUUAUCAGUUUUCAAUAAUAAAUGAACUCAAUUUUUUUCAA